AGAAUAUGCAUGAAAAAUGCGUAGAAAAAUUAAUUAAUUUUAUCACACAAGAGUGUAUAUUCGUAUAAUUGACUGAUUCAUAUUCAUUUAUGUGUUAUAAUGUAUAAAUAUGUAUAUAUAUCCUGUUAUGCAAGUUCAUCCAGAGAGAACUUUAAUCUUUGACGAUGCAGACUUAUUUGCUAGCGUUUUUUUUAUCGUCUGCAAUAAAAAUUAUGAUAUUAAAAGACGAGAGAGAUGAUAAUAAAACGCGAUGAUUCAAGUUCACUUAUGUAUAUACAUUAUCUUCAUUAUAUAUCAAGAUUGAUAAGAAUGUACAUAGAAUUAAAGUAAUGACAUAAGACGUAUUCUCAGAACUGACAAGUGUAUAAAAAGUACAGAAUAUACAAGACUAUUGCGAGGAGCGCAAUGAUUCAUCAGAUAGGUUACAUAUAUAAGAAUCAUAUAUGUGUGUAUGUACACAUGUGAUAUGUACAUACAAUGUACAAAUAUAUGUUCUGCGCGAAAAGGAACGACUAAAGAAGACAUAAAAAUAUAAAAAGCCAACAUACAAUGCUCAUUAAUAUACAUUUAUGUGUGUAUUAGCCUUAAGUAUGUUUAUUUGUGAGUUGGAUCAUGCGCACGAAUAGUUUUGUCCAUUCUUACUGUCAUAACAUGUCAUAUAAACAGCAGUGUACUAAUAAACAUCAGACUUUAGUCGAAAAAAAAUGAAAAAAUACAGUGGCUGAACACAUACGAGCAAAAUUAAAAAUAAAAAUUAUUACAGCAAGACCUAUUAAUUAUUCGUUAAGAAAGAGAGAGAAACGGACUGUAAUUACUUGUGUUAUAGGUUAAAUUUGGAUUAUAGAAGAAAAAAAGGAGAAAUAUCGAAUAUAUGCACCUCCAGACACUCAAAAUGACAUUACCUGGAAUCGGAGUAUUUGGUACAGGAAGUAUCGUCAGGAUCAUUAUACCUUUCCUGAGAGAAAAGGGCUUCAGAAUUGAAGCUAUAUGGGGUCGCACAUUAGCAGAGGUUUCCAAAGUGGCGAGCGAUCUCGAAAUACCAUUUCACACCAGUCGUAUAGAUGAUGUUCUCUUAAGAAAGGACGUAGAUUUAAUCUUCAUCAUGUGUUCGCCAAGCUUGCAUUCACAGAUCGCUGUUAAAGCCCUGGGUAUUGGGAAGCAUGUUGUAUGCGAUAAACCAGCAGGCUUGAGCCAGAGUGAGGCCUUGAAGAUGGUACGAGCUGCGCAGUAUUAUCCCUCGUUGAUCAGCAUAGUUAAUCACAGUUUAAGAUUCUUGCCUGCCUUUGUCCAUAUGAAGAAGGCAUUAGAAGAUGGAUAUUUAGCUGGACCUGUAACCGUUAUAGAAGUGAGAGUACAUAUGGGAAGUUUACUACAUAAUGGAUAUGAUUGGCUAUGUGAUGAUACAAUGGGUGGAGGAAUCUUGGCGUUAGUGGGCAGUCAUGUUAUUGAUUUGAUCUUUCAUUUGAUGGGUCAACGAGCUUCAAAAGUGCAUGCUGUUGUAAGAACAUUUACUCAAACAACCAGAUACAUUAAUGGGAUCAGGCAUAUCACAUCGCCAGAUUUCUGUAGUUUUCAAAUGGAGUUAAGUAGCGGUACCUUGGUAACAGCUACUCUGAGUAAUCACUUGCAAGGUCAGCUUUCUCAAGAAGUACUGAUAUGCGGUGGUGGAAAUCAUUUGGUUGUGCGUGGCGGAGAUUUAUAUGGAUGUCGAGGUGGACAGGAGGAGAUCUUGUAUCGUGAUAUGGAAGAUUUACAUGAAAUAUCCUUGCCAAUUGCUGAUUCCAUUCCAAGGCCUUACAUCAAAGGACUUAGAAAAAUGAUUGCGGCAUUAAGGGAAGCCUUUCAAUCUGUGGAAGAUAAAAGAGGCUGGAUUAAAGAGCCAGUGUUUUCUGCUUCUACAUUUGAAGAUGGUUUAUAUGUGCAAGCAGUUAUUGAUGCGCUACGACAAAGUAACAAACAGCGUGAAUGGGCCAAAGUUAACAUCUUGACGGAAGAACCAGAUCCAAAUCCUUUAUUGAGCGCUGCUGUCAGAGCUACAGCUAUUUCAAUAUAAAAGUCUGUUUUGCUAAAAUUUAUUAUUGUCAACGAAAAGAUCUGCUAUAAUACUUUGCAUUUUAGAGACUGUGCAUUGAUUAAUUGUGCAAAAUAAUAUUUAAAGCAGCUAUGUCACCAAUUUUUAUUUUGCUAAUGUGUAAUCUAUAAUUACUUAAGUAAUUAUGUCUCAUUUAUUCCUGUAAAAAAGACUAAUAUGUCAUAGUUUAUCUCUAAUGUACAUAUACAUAUAUGAAACUAUUUGUAUUUAUAAACACUGGUUGUGCUUAUAAAAU